AUGGCUACACUUGAUGCGCCCGCAGACGCUACGCACGACGAAGCUUCGAGCGGCUUCAGUGGCUCCAAGUCGUUUGCCGAGCUAGGCGUGGACCCGUCCAUCUGCGACGCCAUUGCAGCUGUCGGGUGGUCCACGCCCAGCAAGAUCCAGCAACAAGCGAUUCCGUACGGCCUCAAAGGCCACGACAUUAUUGGAUUGGCCGAAACGGGUUCAGGCAAAACGGGCGCGUUCGUGAUCCCGAUCUUACAGAGUCUACUCCAACAGCCACAGCGUCUCUACGCGCUCGUACUGGCCCCCACGCGAGAAUUGGCCUAUCAGAUCGGCGAGCAGUUUGAAGCCCUAGGCGCGUCCAUUGGGUUAAAAAGCACCUGUGUUGUUGGUGGCAUUGAUAUGAUGCAGCAACAAGUGGCGCUCGCUCGGAAGCCCCACGUGGUGAUUGCCACGCCUGGACGUCUGGUGGACCACUUGGAGAACACCAAAGGCUUUAGUCUGCGCACGAUGAAGUUUCUUGUUCUGGACGAAGCAGACCGGAUGUUGAGCAUGGACUUUGAAGAAGAGAUCAACCAGAUUGUCCAGCUCAUGCCGGCGGAACGGACGACGUACUUAUUUAGUGCCACGAUGACGUCGAAAGUACGGAAACUUCAGCGCGCGUCGCUGAGAGAUCCAAUCAAAGUGGAAGUGACACACAAGUUCGCAACGCCCGAGACGCUGAAACAGCACUAUCUGUUUAUACCAGCCAAGUUCAAGGACUGCUACUUGGCGUACGUAUUGAAUGAAGUGGCAGGUCAAUCGGUGCUUAUCUUUGCCAGCACGUGCAACGGUACGCAGAAAGUGACGCUGAUGCUGCGGAAUUUGGGCUUUCAAGCGAUUUGUCUGCACGGCCAAAUGCAGCAACCCAGUCGUCUUGGCGCUCUGAAUCGAUUUAAAGCUAAAGCAAGGAAUGUGCUUGUGUGCACGGAUGUGGCGUCUCGAGGACUGGAUAUCCCGAGUGUUGAUGUGGUCAUAAAUUACGAUAUCCCAACACAUGGCAAGGACUAUAUCCAUCGAGUGGGGCGGACUGCCCGUGCUGGUCGCGCUGGUGUCGCGAUUUCGUUCGUCACGCAGUAUGACGUUGAAUUGUACCAGCGGAUUGAGCAUUUGCUCGGCACGAAGCUGGACGCUUACCCUUGCGAAGAGGAGACCGUAUUGGUCAUGUUGGAGCGUGUGAAUGAGGCGCAACGUAUUGCUACGAUUGAGAUGAAAGAUGCGGUUGCAAAUGGCACCAGUACAAAGCGUGGGCGCUACACACGAGACCAUGAAGACGGCGAGGAAGGAGAAGGAGGUGAUAAACGAUACAAAUCGGCUAGUCGUGUGCAGAAAGGAGGCCGUGGCGGAGGUCGAGGUCGGGGCGGUAGUCGUGGCCAUGGCGGACGUGGUGGUGGCCGAGGUGGUCAUAAUAAGCGGAGUUAA